AUGGAUAGAAAUAACACUAUGAAUGAGACUUCCGAUGAACGUCGACGAAGUCUUAAUCGUGAACGACAACAACGUUAUCACAAAAACAAAAGAAAUGUGGAUUCAGAUGGCCCUACGGAACUUGACCACCCAGGAGAAAAGAAGGUAUGUAUGCAAGAUGGCCCUACGGGACUUGAGCAAUUUUUAGAAAAUAACAUGUCUACCCCUGCUGAGCAAGUAGUAGUUAUUCCUCCGACUACUGUUCUUCUAAAAACAUCAAAAGCGCGUGUUUAUCCAUGGUGUUCACAAGGUUUAGACCGUCACUCUCUGGGAAGCAUGAAUCAUAAAUGUAAUUGUUGCGGGGCACUGUUGUGGAUAGAUGAAAGAAAAACAGGCACAUCUACACGAUCGCCAAUUUUUACAACAUGUUAUGCCAAAGGCAAGGUUUCUCUUCCUCCUAUUGAGGAAUUACCACAUCCUCUCAAUGUGCUUCUUACUAGAACAGAUCCAAGUGCACGUUUAUUUAGGGAAAAUAUUAGGUCAUAUAAUUUAGCUUUGGCUUUUACAUCUAUGGGUGCAAAGGUUGAUAAUAGUAUAACAGGAACAGGUGGUGUUUACAGCUUUCGUGUUCAUGGAGAAAUGUAUCAUAGCAUAGGCACAAUGCUUCCUGACAAUGAAGCUCACCCUCAAUUUGCUCAAAUAUAUGUGUAUGAUACUGAGCAUGAAUUGCAAAACAGGAUGAAUGUAAUGCCUAAUCUUGAUCCAGUUAUUCUUGAGGAGCUUCAGCAAAUGUUACAUGAUGUGAACCCAUAUUGUGAAAUGUUCAAACAAGCUGGAGACAUUGUAAGAUUAAAUCCAUCCUUGGACUUGCGAAUGGCAAUCAUAGAUAGUAGAAAACAAGAUUCUAGACGUUACAAUACUCCAACAACAUCAGAAGUUGCAGUUAUUAUGAUUGGAGAUGGACAAGAAGCUGAACCAUUGGAACGAAAUAUUUGUUUACCCUGA